UAAUGAGUUUUUUCGUUUUUUUGGUAUAAAGAUUAAUUCUGGUAUUGGGCUCGGUCCAAUGUAAUAGCAUUUGGUUGUCUCUAAUCUCCUAACCCCAUAAUUCUUAAUCAGAACCAAAGGCAGUAUUUGUUUUUUUUUAUCAUCAAAUAAUCCGCCAUGAACGAGGCCAUGGAUUACAACUCCGGCCUUCUGCAAAGCUGAGCAGGAAUUUUCUCCUUCUUACUUCACCUGAACAAUGCUCUGCUCUUGGACAAGGUUUCAUUCUUCACAUAUGUUCAUGUGUUUGUUUUUACACAGCGAUGAAAACUUUCCUCUCAAUGAUUCUGAAACACAGAGCUCUCAGCCUUGGCGGCUGUUGGAAGAAGUGAAACAAAUUGGGGAGAUGUUCAGGGAUAUUGGCAUCUGUAUGUUUGUGCUGUCGGCAAGAAGGUCAGAGAUUAGGAUCCAUAACUCUUCCAUGUGGUGAAGAGAAAAAGAUCGAGAGAAAAGUCCUGAGAGAUCCAAAAUGAAAAUACGGCUCAAAGAGACCGUUGUUGACAUUUUAAACGCGUCCAAAAUCGGCGGGAUAAUUCUUUUUAUUGCGUUCACUUGAAGGAAAGGUCAGCAACGGACAUGAAUUCUCGAAAGACUUAAAUUACGUUGAUUUUUGUUUACACUUGUGGUCUAAAACCAGCUGCAUUAUCGCAAUUACUUCUGUAUGAGAAAGUUAUCCUUCCACAAUUUGUGCCACACAUUCGUCUACAAUACCACAUCCAAAUCGUUUCAACCUGUCAAGUCUGACAAUUUAAAGGACUGGCAGACGUUUGAGUAUGUCCCAUCCAUCACGAUGAGACGAACGGUCUCUGGGGCUGAUAAGGCAGGUCUGUCAACAGCCUGUCAAUGAAGACAAACGAGGAGGAGGAGGAGGCCUCUGGGAGGUGCACAGCAUCAUUUAUCUCUCUUGCUCUGUCGUCUCUCUGUGUCUUUCUGUCCUACCGUCUGAAAUACUUGCUGUAAAUAAUUCAGGGGCAAUGCUCUGAUCUGCUGCUGUGCAGGUGAACUGGCCACAAGGAUGUUUUACUCCAGAAUGUUGCAAUACAUCUGAACAUGAGGAAACCCUGCACAGUAAUUAUUUCAGGGACUUGUGUCUACAUUUUGUUUUAGGCCUGUGUUUAGGCCUAUAAUGAGUUAUGGUCGUUUUUAGGGUGCAUUCAGCCUAAAAUAAUGGCCAGAUGGAGGGUUGAUGGACGUUUCUUUCCAGCAGCUCUGGAAGCGUGGGUCUCAAAUGCAAAAUGUUGCUGUUGUGUUAAAACCAGUUCAUGCAUAUUUAUUGCUCACCGCAAAUUAGGCAUUUCCAUAAAGUAAGCUCACCAGCUAGAACACAAUGAUAAGAAAUGACUAAAAUGAUCAUUUAUGCUAGUAGCAUCAUACCUGGACCUGUUACUGCCUCCUCUCUUAGUCCUGAAUAGCUGAGGCUUUUGGUCAACAAUAUGCUUUUCAUAUGUUCAUGGUGCUAAUGGAUCAGGGAUUAUUAAAGUCCCCCAGUGACCUAAACACUACCUGGGUGCCCCUUGAUUAGAGUCCCAGGGGUGUUAAAAAAAGAAACAAUACCUGUGCCUCAAGAAGACAGGCACACUGUGUUUGCGAGAUACAAUCAAUAAGCCAUUUUUCUAUAAACAUUCAGUCAAAAUAUGUUCUUCCAACAGUUGUAUUAGAUUUUAUUGGCGAGGAGGGGAUGUGUGUUUGCUUUUUUUUGCUUGUUUUCAGUCUGGCAUUGGAGAGGCUUCAUCAUUCCAGUAAUCACAAUGACACAAUCAAGCGGGGGUUUGUUUGCCGCCGUAGCAACUAUCAGCAGCCUGUUGAUCCACUAAUUCUCUCAAUCUCUGAAUAAACAAAUGUGCUACUGGCAUAGUUCCCCCUCAUAUAAUUAGAUCAUUCUGAUCAAGAAGAGCGAGGAUUCACAUUUAGACAUUUAGAUGUGCUGCCACCGUAUAAUCAUUUUACGUUGUUAACUGUAAUGUAAACAUAAUGUUCAAAUGUUUCCUUUUGAAAUACGUUUUUAGUUUUUGGCUUCAAUACAUGCAGUUGCUGUAGUUUUUACAGCAAUCUAAAAUUGUGGCCUGAUUCGUAUUUUGCAACAUUAAUUCAAUGUGUGGCUCCGAUCUACCAUGGAACAUGCCAUGAAUUAUAUUUCGUUUGUGAGCUCACAGGUUCUCUUAUUGAUUAGUUAGCUCAGGCCUAAGCUAAGGUUAGCUCUUAGCUCAAUUAGUUCAUUCUGAAGGACGGCGUCUACUUUCAACACACACCUGUUAGGGAGAGAGAUCAUGAUGAUCAUAAUAUUACGUCCCCUUUUUGAAGCAUCAAAUUUCAAGAUGAUAGAAACACUAUUAUGAGAAUAAUGUAUAUGAAUAAAUAUGUCCACACUCUGGGUGUACACCUACAUGAAGUUUACUUGAAUUAUUUAGAAGGCGCAUGUUUUGUUUAGGUUGCAUCCACUAACAUGCAGAGGAGGGGUUUAUCAGCUGUACUGCAGUCAGCCACCAGGGGGCGGUCAAUACAUCUUUGCUGCACUUAGGAGCUGCAUAUAGCUGUCAUUACGCCCAUCUUUAAACCGACGCUAUAAUUAAAAGAUGCAGAAACAAAUUGAUCCUUUCUACCACAAGUUGUGACCAGAUAUUUGUGCUCUAUGCCGCUCCAUAAAUUCCCAACUCCAAACCCCCAAGUUUUGUUUUGGUGACGAUUGAGCUUAAACUAAUAACCUUACCUGGGUUAUUUUUUUCUGGGAUAGUGCUACAGAGCCACAUGUUUAAUACCAAUUUUUCUUUACAGCAUACAGUGAGAUUAUAGGCCUACAGAGUACUCAAGUACUCCUGAGUAAAACAUCUGUGCACAGUACCAGUCAAACGUUUGGACACACUUUCUCAUUGAAUUAAGAACAUUUUUAACUGGUACUUCAAAAAUUUCGCCUGUCCCUCUAAAAAGUCCACCCUUACGUGCCUGAAUCCCAUUUGAAGUAGUCUAUGUAUUGUAAAAAACUCCCCCCAUACAUAUAAUAUCACCUGCUUUACGACCUCCAAACAGACUAAGAUGCUUCUUCCUCCAGAGCUUUUAUGGCGAGAGAUGUUCAUUCUUAGCAACUGUCUCAUUGCACAGCUAUUGCAAAGCCAAAGACCAUCGCGGCCACUGUGUCACUCAAAACAGUGCCACGGCUAUGGGCAUUUUUGAAGGCUAAAGUCAUGUCAUCUGAGACAUUUAAUUGGUCCCGGGUCCACACAGGGGGACAGCGGACGGCAUUCCUCGACUGCCUGCGCCCUGUUGUGUUGCUCUUCACCACAUGGUUGCUACAGUCCGCGAAUAACAUGUCAAUGCCAACGCAAACUUGAGCUGCUGGAGUCCGUGUGACUGAUGCAUGCUGGAUGAAUAUGGUGGAGAACUUCUGAUUUCUCAAUAAAAUAGUUUCAGUCUCAAGCGGGAAGUGGAGAUCAACUUUUGGAGGGAGAGUUAUGCCAUGCUACGGCCGAGAGACGCCUUGUACUAUUUCUGAAGAGACCUCAGCGGUUGUCCGACGGGGAAAAGGCAGCUGUCAAUAUUGAGGACGUACCCUUCAUUUUAAUUUUAAUUUUUUGGAAUUUCCUGUGCUGGGCUGCUGCUGCUUCAGCUAACAGCUCUUUUUUGGGGCCUCACAAAGGGAUAAAUGAUCACCUCAACCAGAAGAGUGUCUCCCGAUAAAUCCGAAGUUAGAAUCGCCUUCAGCCUCGAAGACACAUCAGGAGUAAAAGAUGUGGAAGACCUUCCUAAGACUUUCCCGGAUCUUGAACAGCGACUGCAGCCAGUGCCCCCCUGUGGGUCUCUGAGAGAGAGCGCCGAGGUGUACAAGGAGCACUGCAGGAUGGCGAGAGAAUUCCACCAGGUCAAACAUGACAUCGCAGUGAUCGAGGAUCGCAAGCGCAAAUUGCUAGCAGAGCUGGUGGAGGAUGAGAAGGUUGCAUUGGAGAUUGCCCGUCUGGAGGAGGAGUUUCGGCGUCUAACAGAGGAGAACCGCACCUUGAUGACUGUCCACAACGAGCGCGCUCAGCAGCUAGAGAGGCUCUGCUACACCAAUCAAACGAGACAGGACCCCUCGUGACCUCUGACGCCCGCGGAACCGGAGGCCUCCAAACAUCCAGCUGACGGCAUGCCCGGACACCAUGCAGAAAUAAAGGCACAACUAGUGUUUAUUCUUCAUAAUAACAGUCAGUGAAUCCGCCCUCAGAAAGGCGUUGUGUUUAUUCAUGUCUGAGUCAUUUGUUUGAACCACCGCGACUUGCUGUCAUCAAUUCUAUCAAGCCGUGACACAAGGCCACUUUUCUGGGUUUUGUUGUGUGAUCUUGCAGAACCUCCCCGGUCGCCCUUGCAACACCUCGCAGUCUAUAUUUAUACAAUGUCAGCUUCUGUGGAUGACCAGAUAUUCAGAUAUCCGUCUGAAGACCUUUGGAGACUCAGAUCUCUUAGCUGAGGUCUGCGGAGGGAGCCAAAGGUGGUAUGAUGUGGGCCAAGUGUUGUAUUUUGAGGAUUGUUUCCCCUUCCUCUUCCUCUCUCCCAACUCGUUACUAACAAUUCAAGUUCCUGUUAUGGUAAAAAAGGAAAUGAGACAAACGUCGAACAGAGUCAGGGAUUGGGAAAUUAAAGCCAUUUGAGGAGAAGAGCAAAAGUAAAUUUCUCAAUACCAAUCUGCUGCGACACACAGCACUGUGUGAGUACAUUUUGUUGCUGUAGCGUGUCUCACCCGCCGGUGGAAGGGGAUGUAUACAUACACAAACAUGUGGUGAUAAAAUGCAUUUUACUUUAACAGUAGCAAAAGUUUCAUUUCUCGCCAUGCUUGUGUGUUUGUGCCGUCUCCAUGACUACGCUGUGGUGCUUACAUGGAAAGAGGAACUAAAUUUCUUUUUUUUUUUUUCAUGGGGAGAUUAGCUCACAGUGGAAUUCUGAAAACGUCACCUGAUUGGCCAGUUCGACACUGGCAGCCUUCCCUCUUCCUCCUUCAAAUCAUGUGACAUUGACGACUGUGCUUCGCGGAGAUGUUUGGUCUACUUGUUGUGCUUUACUGCAUGCUUUUACUUUAUAGAAAAAUUGCUUUCAAAGUUUAUCAUUAAACACUUUUUCUGGCAGCAUU